GGUACCGGUAUAGCCCCUUAUUCCCACACGUACGAUUGGUCGACCCAGCUCACUAUUAUUAACAGACUGCAAAUGCGAUUGCCCAUCGUGAAUCAAAAUAGAUGAAAAUACAUUUUCUACUUUUACCUUAUCAGAUAAAGGGUUAACAUUUUGUUUACAUUUCGGACAAUUCAUCCUAACAUGACCUUUUUCACCACAACCAUAACAAAAUGUACUUACAGAUGGGGACUUCUUACUUAACUUAUCACAUGAAUCGCGGACAUGACCGCGGACUUUACAAUAAACACAAAAAAGUUUCUUAUCAAUAUCACUAGCUGCACUCUUAAAUUCACCACCACUAUCACUUGUUGAAGACGGUGCGCGAGCGCGAUGGCUCAGCGCGUAGGCGCCGGCAACGGCGCGCACCUUCGCCGAACUCGUACCCGGCGUGGCGCCAGCCGCGCCUUGUUCCGAUGCGUUCUCGCCGCGCCUCGGCGGCGGCGGCGGCGCGAGAAGCGAUGUACUCGACGACUGUAGCGACGUGGUAUAUUUGCUAGUUAUCGACGACGAAUUCUCCGUCAGCGACUCUUCGAUGGCUCGAGCCCUUUCUAUCAGGAAUUCAAUAUCGCUUACUUGGUCUCUGGAUAAUCUCUUACGAACCCUUUUAUGUAAAAGUCCGUAUAUAACGUCUACCUUGGCCUCCUCCGGCAAGUGGUACGGCAAUUUCGCGAACAAGGCUCUAAUCCUUACGAUAAAUACGUCAGCGCGUUCCGUACCUUGUUCUACGGAAAAUAUAUCGCGGAACACUUUAUAUCCCGGGCGCGGUACUCCGUACAUCGAUCGUAAGCGCUUAAGAGCGACUGACCACGACGUUAUUUCGUUCUUUACGCCGCGCCACCAUACAGCUGCAUCGCCGGUUAAUAGCAUAGGAAGCCCACGGAGUGCCAUGUCGUCGCUGACUGAUGCACACUCUUUGUAUAUUUCCACAGCGUCUAUAAACGCUUCCACGCAUUCAGGGUGCUGCGAUGAACCAUCAAAGCGGGUAGUGCACUUUGAAAAAUUUCCAGCAUUAGGAGACGUGAUAGCGGCGGCGGUAGAUUCACCCGGCGCCCCUCCUAAGUGCGAAGCCGCGAGAGAUUCCACAAGCCUUUGAUUCGCUUCGGCCUGAGCCCGUGUAAAGGCAGCCAAAAGCGAAGAAAGCUGGUCUCCGGACAUAAGCACAGGUGCAGGUGCGUUGGAAGUAGGCAUCGCCAUUCUCACCGAGUCUUCACUAGAACUGGAGUCAUUAAAGAUGAAAGAAAAACUUCGCGAGCGUAACGCAACCCCUGCGUCGGCGCCGAUUAGACUUAAUAGCUUCCCGGUAGUUUUAUUUAGAAUUUCAGAUCUGUUUGCCCGAACGGACGUGGCGGCCAAUCUCAAGGACGACCAGCCAACCUCGCAGGAUAUAUUAUAG